AUGUACCUGAGGAGCGUUGCCCGCGCCCCUUACCUGCUCUGUGCCUGGAUCUGGCAGCACCCGCAGGGGUUAAUCCGGCGGAGGAGAUCUGCAUGGUGCCAUUAUAAAGCCGUGAUCUUUGAGGCAAGCGCAGUGCUCCUCCCGUCCCCUUACAAGACAGCCACGGACUGGGAGGCCCGGAAUUGUAUUCCAGCCGGCACCAUCCAGCAAGCUAUACUCUCUGGUGGGGAAAAUAGUCCCUCUCUGAAGUACACAAGAGGAGAGCUGACGACUGUGGAGUUUUUGCAGGAAUUGGGACAGCAGUGCUUUGAGAUUGCAAAUGUCUGUGUUCCAGUGGACUCUUUUCUCUCGGACUUAAUCAGAAAGGAGAUGAUAAAACAGCUCCCCAUAAUGGCAGAAGCAGUACAGUGUAUCCGUGCAGAAGGUCUUAAGACAGCUCUUCUAAGCAACAACUUCUGCCUGCUGAAUGGAGAGAGCUUUCUGCCCCUAGACCAAAAGCACUUUGAUGUGAUAGUUGAAUCUUAUCGGGAAGGAAUGCGCAAGCCAGAUCCUCGUAUUUACAAGCUGUGCUUGGAGCGCUUGGGCGUUCAGCCCCAGGAAUCCAUCUUCCUCGACAACAGCAGCCAGAACCUAAAAGCAGCAGCCCGGCUUGGCAUUAAAACGGUGAAGGUCGAUGAUCCAGAAGUAGCACUCAAAGAGCUGGAAACCUAUCUGCGUUUUCCUUUGCAAGGGUUUGUUCCAUAUACUCGUUCAGUGAGACCAAGUGUGGAAAUCCCAAAAGAUCAUCUGCAAAAGUACCUUGAAAAUGUCCUCGGUGACCACAUAACAGGCCCACUAGUGUUAUGGCAGUUUGGCCACGGACAGUCUACCCGGACCUAUUUUGUCAAGUUUGGAGAUCGCUUGCUGGUGCUGAAGAAGGAGCCCUCUGACAGCCUGUGUCCCUCAGGCCCUGCUGUCAGCAGGGAAUACAGCUCUCUGACUCAUCCUGGCAGGGUACUGAAGGCACUCUCUGAGGCUGGUGUUCCUGUUCCCACUGUACUUGCUCUCUGCGAGGACAGAAGCACCUUUGGCACACCUUUCUACCUGAUGGAGCACUGUGCUGGCCGUGUCUACAGCGACGUCUCCCUCCCUGCACUGCAGCCUAGCCAGCGGAGGGCUAUUUAUGCUGCCAUGAGUCAAGUCCUCUCCACGAUCCACAGCGUAGACCUCAGAGCAGCCAAGCUGGAAGACCUCGGGGAGCAUGGUAAUUACAUUCAGCGGCAAGUUGAGACCUGGACAAAGGAGUAUCGAGCUAUGGAAACUCAUGUUAUCCCAGCGAUGGAGAGACUCAUCGAGUGGCUGCCUCUGCAUUUUCCUGAAUCUCAGAAGACGACAGUCGUGCAUGGUGAUUUCAGGAUGGACAACCUGGUCUUUCAUCCAGACAGGCCAGAAGUCCUUGCUGUCCUUGGCUGGAAGCUUUCAACUCUAGGAGAUCCCAUCUCUGAUUUGGCGAAUAACUGUAUGGCCUACUUCCUGCCACCUCACUUUAAUGCACUGAGAGGCUUGAGGAAGUGUGAUUUGGGGCGCCUGGGAGUCCCCACGGCAGAGGAGUAUUCCCAGAGCUACUGUGGCCACGUGGGAGUGGAGCGCCCCGAGAACUGGAAUUUCUACAUGGCCUUUGCCUUUUUCCGACUGGCUGCAGUGCUGCAGGGACUCUACAAACGCUCUCUGGCAGGGAGACCAGCUCCAGGUGAAAGCAGCCCGGAAGAUGCAGAGUUCGUGGCUGACCUGGCUUGGGAGUUUGCCAUAAAAGAAGGAUUCCGUGUGUUUGACAGCCUCCUCACCACAAAGCCUCUCGCACGACGUUACAGCACCUGGGCCAGGCGCGGGCCGAUCCUCAGCAGGAGCUAUGGUACCUGGCCAUGUCCUGGGGCAGCUCCUGUGCCCAAAGUCCCCCUGGUCACUCCCCCCACCAGCCUGCUGGGGAUGGCCCGGGGUCUUUGCUGCAAGCUGGAAAAGAUCAUGGGUGUCCAGUGGAGUUUUCUGAUUUCCCAGCCCAGAUGGACUCCACGUCCUCUUCUAGAACUGAAGGUCUCUGGAGCAGAGCAUCUCAGCAGUGCAGACCCCAGCCUGGUGCUUCACUCGGACCUGAGCUCCAUGUCUGGCUGAAGGUCCCGCGUGGUUUACAGGACAGCGCUCUCCAAACCGGAGCUGAGCCACUAGCCGCAGCGCUGGGGAGCCUGGGACGUGAGCCUAAACCAGCCACUCUGGCAUGGGAGAGGUCGUGCUAACGGCAGCCUGGGAGCUUCUGAAUUUCAGUGGUGUUUGCUGUUAUCUGGUGUCUGGGCUCAGUGCCUUUAUUGCCAAGCUCAAUAGGUAUGGGGCAAAAUCCAUCCUUGGAUGAUGAGGCUGCAGGCAGUCAAUACCAGCCUUGCAGGGGGGAGAGCUGGUCAGGAAUGAUCAGGCUAGGGGUGCAAGGCUUGGUUUUGGGAAUAAAGAGAAUGGAGCAGGGUGUCUGUCCUCCUUCAGCACACCUCCAGCAACCUGCAGAUGCUAGAAGAGUCCUUGGUGAUGGGGGGAACUGAAUCAGGUCCUUGAGGACUCUGGAUUCAGGGGAGACUCUGGAGCUGAGGCAGUGCCUGGCUCCUGGAGCUGGGAGGAACUGGGAGGACUCCAUGGUCCCAUGACUGCAGUGGAUCUCUCUGGGUUUCUUUGGAGACCACGGAGGAUGCAGACUGGAUCAAUGGGGCCUUUAAGUGCUUCACAGAGGCCAGCAGCAAGGGGAGAACUGUGGGAAUAAUCAUGGUAAUUCCUGGGCUCUUUAUGUGUAGUCUAGUAUUAAUUCAGUAUUAAAGUGAU